AUGCAUACGUCAGGCUUGCCUGGAGCUAAUUCUGAAAACCUAUCUUGUUAAAUUCAACACUACGUCACGACUGCGGUGUUGCGGUAUUGCCUCGGUGUAGAACUCAAAGUGUAUGUCCCCUUGCACUUGCCAGCAGCAUUCCUCAGCCAUUCCACAUUUGAAAGUUUCCACGUAUAACCAUGGAUAUGGCUUCAGCAAUACUGUUCAUGGGCUUGUUCUUGUCGCUCGGCAUGGCCUUCUCGGGAGCGAUGCUUGGCCUCGGCAUCGGCCACGGCCUUAGAAAGGGGGGUGAGGGCAUUGGCAAGGGCAUCGCCGAUGCUGGUGAAAGCAUUCGCCAAGGCCUUCAACGUCAUGCGCGCGGCAUCCUGUUUGCUAAACCUCACGACACACCACCCCCGGAGCCUGAUUUUGCGGACCCGACACCGGAGCGUCCGGGAUGCGUCUGCAGCUGAAUGGUGCUGCCACAACGUUUUAUGUAUUGGCGGCACUGGCACUGGCUGGGGACCACCUCUGCAGUAGGCUGCGGAGGCCCAGUCGCCAUCAACCCUCACGUGCAUCCUAGCUAGUAGCGUUGCGCAUUCUGUGGGCACAUACAAGCAGCGUGCAAUUGCAUUCUUCGCCGUAUGAGCCGCAAGCAUUGCCCUACAGCGCCUCAUACUUUGCAUUUCAACGCCCAACAUUGGACGUGCCAAUACGGUACGGUACAGACCGCACCGCACCGUGGGCAGGGACCCACCUAGAUAGGGUUGGGCGUUGGGCAAUUGGCGGCGGCUGGAAUGAAAGUGAUGUAGCUGACGAGGCUUACUUCUCAGGGUAAAACCACGAGGGUGGAGGCACCUUGCGACCACAUUAUUCCAUCAGGCCAUAUCAGGGGACAUAUGAUCCCGCCAAGCCGUGCAUGUCAUGCGGCGGUGAGCAGUGUGCGCGCCUUACUUCCUAGGUAGGCAUGUGGGAUUCGUAGGUUGGCAUGUGGGGUUGAUUGGCCACCCCCACUUCUGGCACCCCACGCUGGCAUCCCGGCGUGUUGCUUGCGUCUCAUGGAUACGAUAUGCAUUGUUGCCGGAGGGUGGUGUGGCUGGGGCUGGGGUUUGCGCAGUCGAUCGCUGCUGCCCGGUUACAUACGCCUCGCUGUGCUUCGAUGCAACAGAGAGACCAACAGUUAUGCAGUGAUUGGAAGAUAAUGAAGGUUUGCAUGGGGGUUGCGACACGGGUGGGCUGGCUUGGGCGGACUCAGGCGUGCGUGGGUCCGCGUGGGGGACCGCGGCACUGGCGUCAGGUGCCGAUUAUUGACAGAUGGUGCGGGGAGUGCGGGGAGUGCGUGGGGGCUGGGCCCCAGGCACGAUGAACACCUCGCCAGCGGCGGCGGCGGCGGCCUACCCCUGCUGGAGGAUGCAGGCCCUGGGCCAGCAGCAGGGGCUUGGGUGGGCCUGCCUUCUCACGGCGGCCUGAGCGAUGGAGCGAGUGCGGCACCACUGCGAGUUAAGGGGAUUGCGUGUGCACACAGCAGCAGUGAGGUUUGAAGGGCUCCGGAUCCAUGUGAAGCGGCGUGGUGACCAGUCAAGUGAACGCGGGCUGCAUGGCCACAUGCAUGAAAGGCGGGGCAGGCGGGCGGCAUGGGCGCGAUGCAAGGUCAGCACCCAGUGCUGGUGGAGCGACCAGGGC